GGCCCCACAAAGAUACCCAGCGUUUGGCCUCCAUAUUAGCAAUAAUGUGGAAUCCCGUAAACGCUUGUACGACCAUCAAAGCUUACAGUUUCAAUUUACAGGACGGGUUUGGCACUGUGUUUCCAUUGGUCUAUUGCACAUUCUCAGACUCGAAGAAGCCUCACAUGCACGCGGCCAAGUAUUCAGUAAACCCAUCUGCUAUAUUGAGCAGGUGAGCCAUUCAUUAUCGUCUGGCUGACUGUCCCUAGCUUCCGUGAGGCGAUGUGUGAGUGUGAUUAAUACCUGGGUUUGCUCACUGGAAAUGUCUGGUUUACCUGGUACCUCAACAUCCUUUUCAGACAGCUUGCCAUGCGUUGGACAUUUAUCAACCUGGCAGGGGCCUUGAGCUUCUCAGGAGUUUUAGCCCUAGUUGGGCCAUCACUCAAAACCUCACUCGUUGUGCAUCCACAAGGACCUCUCACCGUAUCAGAAAGCAUCCAAGACACCAUUGCGCAACAUCUCAAGGAACGCAACACUACAACGCCAAACCUCUACUCUCGCUCGCUCCACUACUUGUUCCCUCGACAAGCGGCGGGACGUUGUGGAGCUGAUUUCAGCAACCAGAGAUGUGGUGGUAACCAAUGCUGUUCAAGUUAUGGCUACUGUGGAACUGAGUUCGAGCACUGCGGCGUCAUUGUUGGAUGUCAGCCUGACUUCGGAAGAUGCGGUGACGCAGCACCAGAGCCUACCACUACACCCACGCCUACACCCACACCCACACCCACACCCACACCUCUGCCACCUACAAGCUCAGACCCUGUUCCAUCAAGCUCCUCCGCUCUCCCACCACUGCCCUCUGGCACGCUCAUCCCAUCGACGAAUGGGCAAUGCGGAAACGCGACAACAUGUGCCGGCUCCGCCUUCGGAAGCUGCUGCUCGGAGUACUACUAUUGCGGUAACUCCGUAGACUUCUGCGGCACUGGAUGUCGUCUUGGCUUUGGAACUUGCGGCGGCGUGGCACCACCGCCAGGCUCUUCUUCCUCUGCGUCGGCCCCUGUCCCCAGCAGCUCGUCAACUAGACCAUCGCCCACGCCGACUCCUACUUCCACACCAACAUCAACACCAACGCCUAGCUCGGCCUCUUCUGCGGCACCUGUUCCGACGAAUGUCAGUACUAGCGGACGGUGUGGAGCGGAUGGGAAUGGUCAGACUUGUACGGGUAGUACUUUCGGGAGAUGCUGUUCAAGCUAUGGGUGGUGUGGCAAUGACGAAAAUGACUACUGCAGACUGUCGUGGGGUUGUCAGCCGCAGUUUGGAACAUGUGGUUAGUAAGAGCCUUAUCAGCGGUGCAGUAGAAUUGGUCAAUCACGUUGAUGAGUUCAGUAACGGCCUCGGUAAUUGUCUCAAGCUGCAUACAUGUAAGCAAAUAGCUUUCUGUAGACUGAAUUAGCAUCAACAUCUCAUUUCCAGAUAGAAUAUCCGGU